AUGGCUCGUCUGUCAAUAUUCUGCCUAGCAUACUUCGCCCUUACCUUUCUCUCCUACGCGAACGCUUGGACGCUAACCUGGCGAAAUGAGACUGGCGCCCAAAUAGUCGAUGGCGACUCUGAACAAAACUGUACCAGGAUUUACCAUACGAAAGGCGAGGAAUUCUCAUUCAACCCCGAAGGCAAGUGGUGCUUGAAAUUUUGGGACGAGGCAACAUGUGAGGCACAGAUUGGAAAAACGUGCGAGGGGCGGAGAUGGCAACAAAUUGCAUCACGGAAUAUUUCUGCAUUCAACGUCUACGCGAUGCCGCCUGCUGACAUUAGCGCGAACGGUAUGGCGAGUACAAGUACGACAUCCACAUCAAGCACAUCAUCUACGAUCACUACCACGUCUUCUGCGUCUACGAGUGCGGUUACAACUGAAUCAACCCAAUCCGGAAAUGAUGAUUCCUCGAAGCACUCGCUGUCGGGUGGUGCAAUUGCGGGCAUUGUUGUUGGUGCCGUUGCUGGUGUUGCAAUCCUCGCUGCGUUGUUCUUCUUUUGGGGUCGACGGAAGCGUAACGCUGCAGCACCGGCCCCGGCUAGUACAACUCCAGCCCCCGGUCCAGACGAUCGGAAUUUACCCGAGGCCGUGGAUCCAUCGAAGCCAGCUAUGUCGGAAACACAGACUCAGGUGUCUUCGGUGUCUCCAUACGGUUAUCCUGCCACCAGGGGUAAGACUGUAGAGCUCCCCGGGGAGAAAGUGGGCGCUGAAUUGAGCGACAGCCGUCAGCUGGUAGAAAUGGGCAACACUCCUUUGGCCGAGAUGGAUGGAACGAGCACCAUCAAACGUCCUUGA